AUAAUGUUAACAUUUAGAUAUAUUAAUAAUAUAAAUACAUUUAUAAUUUUUAGUGUAAUGUUGCUAAGUGUCGUGUUAUUAAUACAAAUUAAAGAAAUUUAUAACAAUAAUCUAAAAUAUAACAGAUAUCUUGGAUAUAAACAAUCUAUGAAUGAAAUGUCAAUGGACCUAAAUGCUGCAGAACUGACAGCAAACAAAUCAGCAAUAUUUGUUAAAAAAAUCACAAAAGCUCUUAUGAAAAACGACAAAGAGAUAAAAAAUUUAUCAGCAUCACGUGUGACACAUGCACAUUGAAUAAUCUCUCAAGCUUAUGCUGUUUACUAAGUUGAUAAAUCAUUGUCAAUUUUACAGAUUGUCAACAAAUAGAAUCAUGUCUAAAAAAAUAAUUUGUCUUUUUGAUGUUGAUGGAACAUUGACUCCACCAAGACAAAAAAUUGAUGCUAAAGUUGAUAAAUUUCUACAAGAUAUAUCAAAAACUGAAAAAUUUGAUAUUGGAGUUGUUGGUGGUUCUGAUUUAGUCAAAAUACAAGAACAAUUAGGUGAAAAUAAUAUAUUUGAUAAAUAUAAAUAUGUCUUUGCUGAGAAUGGUUUAACAGCAUAUAAAAAUGGACAAAAACUUUCUAGUGAGACAAUUCAAGAUGCAAUUGGUGAGGAUGUUUUACAAAAUUUAAUUGACUAUUGUCUUGAGUAUAUAUCAAAAAUAAAAUUGCCAUUUAAACGUGGUACAUUCAUUGAAUUUCGAAGUGGCAUGUUGAACGUAUCACCAGUUGGUAGAAAUUGUAGUCAAAAAGAAAGACUACAAUUUUAUGAAUACGACAAAGAGCAUAAAAUUCGUGAAAAAUUUAUACAAGCAUUGAAAAAAGAAUUUCCAGAUCUUGCAUUAACUUACAGUAUUGGUGGACAAAUAUCAUUUGAUAUAUUUCCAAUUGGUUGGGACAAGACAUAUUGUCUGAGAUACGUUGAUGAUAAUUACGACGAAAUUCAUUUCUUUGGUGAUAAGACUCAUGAAGGUGGUAAUGAUUACGAAAUUUAUGAAAGUGGUUUAACAAUUGGUCAUCGUGUUACUGGACCUGAUGAUACCAUUCAACAAAUUAAAACACUUGUUAAUAUUUUAAAUGAAACAUUUAGCAAAGGUCCACCAACACAGUGUUUGUAA